CUUUUACAAAAUUGCACCAAAACCAAAUGCAAACACCUUAACCCAAAAUUUACCUCAAAGUCAAAACCACUUCUCUGUUGGUGUCACAAAAAACUGCUUCAUCAACUGGCCACCUAACAAGUGCGCCAGCAAAAUAUGAAGAGAACAUUACGCCGCUACACCAGAACCUUCCACUUCCACUCCUUCAACCUCCAUCCAUCUCCUCCAGUUUCCACCUUCACCACCACCACCCACCACCACCACGCCGCAACAACAUCAACAUCUUCAUUCAACAAACACCUAACUUCCCUAACAAACAACAACCAACACCUAACCGCCAUAUACCUUUACAACCAAAUCGAAUUCAACAAAAUCAUCACCCCUUGUAUAAUCACUCUCACAAUCUUAAUAACCUCUUUCUUUCAUCUGGGUCGUGUCUCUCUAGCAUUCUCCGUUUUCGGUAAGAUUCUCAAACGCGGUUACGUUUUAGAUACUGUAACACUGAAUGCACUUAUCAAAGGUUUGUGUGUUAGUGGUGAAGUUUCCAAGGCGUUGGAGUUUCACGAUGAGCUUGUUGCUAAAGGGUUUGAAUUGAAUGAGGUUAGUUAUGGGAUUUUGAUUAAUGGGUUGUGUCGAGAUGGGAGAGUUAAUGCAGCUAUUCAUUUAUUGAGAAUGAUUGAGAAAAAUUGUUUUUUUGUUAAGGGUAAUGUUGUAAUGUAUAGUACUGUUAUUGAUUGUUUGUGUAGAAAUGGGUUUGUGAAUGAGGCUUGUGAGUUUUAUUAUAAUGAAAUGUUGGUUAAUGGUGUUUGUCCGAAUGAGUUUACGUAUGGAUCGUUGAUACGCGGAUUGUGCGGUGUCGGGAGAGUGAGGGAAGGUUUUGGAUUGUUGGAUGAGAUGGUUAGGGAGGGUUUAUAUGUAAGUGUUUAUAAUUUUACGGUUUUGAUUGAUGGCUUGUGUAAAAAGGGUAUGCUAGUGGAAGCACGAGAGGUGUUUGAUGAAAUGGUUAAGAGAGGUUAUGAGGUUAAUGUUGUUACUUGUACUGCUUUGAUGGGUGGGUAUUGUUCGAAUGGUAAUGUGGAUGAGGCUAGGGAGUUGUUUGAUAAGGUUGUUGAUCGGGGUUUUGCGCCUGAUGUUUGGACUUGUAAUAUUUUGAUUCAUGGGUAUUGUAAGGUUAAGAGAUUGGAUGAUGCCAUGAAAGUUUAUAAUGAAAUGCGUCAUGUGGGCUUGGUUCCGAAUGUUGUUACGUACAAUUCUCUGAUUGAUUCUUUUUGCAAAUCUGGAGGAGUCUCGUGGGCUUGGGAGAUUGUUAAGACAAUGCACGAUAGAGGUUUGACACCUGAUAUUGUUACUUAUUGUAUCUUGUUAGAUGCUUUGUGCAAAAGCCAAUGUCUUGACCAUGCAAUUUUGUUGUUUGAUCAACUCGUUGAAAGGGGUUUGGAACCUGAUGUUUGGACUUAUACUAUUUUGAUUAAUGGGUUCUGCAUGAAUCGAAGAAUGGGUGAGGCCAUGAAUCUAUUGAAAGAAAUGCAUCUUAAGAAUUUGGUUCCUCAUAUUGUAACUUAUAGUUGUCUUAUUGAUGGCUUGUGCAGAUCUGGGAGAAUAUCAUGUGCAUGGAAGUUUCUUAAUAAUAUGCAUGAUUAUGGUCCACCCCCGGAUAAUAUCACUUAUAGUAUCAUGUUGAAUGCUUUAUGGAAAAGCCAACAUCUUGACCAUGCAGUUUUUUUAUUUAAUCAAAUGAUUACAAGAGGUUUGGAACCCGACGUUUUGUGUUAUACCAUCAUGAUCGAUGGAUAUUGCAAGAGUAAAAGAAUAGACGAAGCCAUGAAUCUUCUUAAAGAAAUGUAUUUGAAAAAUUUGGUUCCUGAUAUUGCAACUUACACUAUACUUUUUGACGGCUUGUUCAAAUCUGAGAGAAUCUCGUAUGUAUGGCAGCUUGUUAAUGUGAUUCGUGACAGUGAUCCACCUCCCGAUGUUCUCAAUUACCUAGAUGCACUUUGCACUAGUGAGCAUCUUUACAAUAAUGGCCUUGCUUCAGCCCAUCAUUAGCAGAGGAAUUUGUUAUUGUGAUUUUUUCCAGCUCUAGAUAAAUGUGUGAAGAAUGAAGCACAGAUUGAACACAAAGGAAAACAUAAUGUUUUCUGAUCACCUAUUUGAGAUGUUAAUGUCUUCCAUUUUUUAAAUGGUGGAAGUUUUCCGAAGGAGUUAGCAUCCUACUCAGGAGCUCUACAGACAUCGAAAAGCAACAAUGGAAAUGAUGCAUAUGCACUUCCUGUCUAUUCAGCCACCAGGGCCUAUAUGAAUAUAUGAAUAUAUGAAUAUAUGAAUAUCACCUUAGUGCAACAUAUGCAAAAAAAAUUGGUCGACGAAAGAAUUGAAGAAUUUAUUGACUAUCGAUUCCCUUAGAAAACUCAGACAAAAACAACAACAAUAACAACCAAGCCUUAUCCCACUAAAUAGGUCAGCUACAUGGAUUAACUUUCGUCGUAAUGUUCUAUCACAGAUAAACUCAGAUGACAAUCUCAUACAGAGUUAUGUCACAGUUGGAAACAUGUAAUGUUAAAAUGCAUUAUGACACAUAAGGAGUAGCAGAUUCGGUUAUGGUUAUGACUCAUACAAGUUAUGCCAAAAUGCAUUUUGGUUCUACUAAAAGGCAUUAUGACACAUUAUGGAUCUGCUAAAACGCAUUACGACACAUACAUGUUAUGCUGAAAUGUAUUAUAAGCAAUACAAAUUCAUCUGUAUAGGUUCUGAAAAUUCAUUUGUACAUGUGUUUUGAAAAAUCAUUAUGGUUAUGCUAAAUGUAUCCAAAAUGUAGCAAUCCAUCUGAACAGGUUCUGAAAAUUCAUUAUGGCUGUAUGCCAAAAUGUAUCCAAAAUGUAACAAAUUCAUCUGUACAGGUUCUGAGAAUUUUGAUUCUGUUAAAUUCA